AGAGAAAAAAAAAAAAUCGCACAUAACAGUAAAUCGAAAGGCAAAGAGAACUUACUCAUACUCAUGGUGGUUGAUGUUAGAACGCCUGAAUGAGAAAAGAGCGCCGAAAAGCUUGAGAAUGCUGUGUUUGCCGGAGAAGGAGAGUUCAGAAAGAUUGAGUGCGAAAAGUGAAGAAGAGAAAAGGGGGAGAAUACUUAUAGGAGAAGUGGAAGAAACCCUAGCCCUCAGAUUAAACGCAGAUUCAAUGGAUGAGAUGGCGCACGGAAUACGAA